AUGGCCAUGUCAUCAGCGGCGGCAGACUUCGAUACGACAUCCGCCGCCGAUGGGCUAAUAAAAAACGUGGUUAAUUGGGUUGGCAAGUAUAAUUUUGAUGACGACAGUGAUAAUGACGAUGAUAAUAGCACCAUCUAUUACACCCAUCGCAAGGACGCUCUAAAUAUGUCAAGGAUGGCAUCUGAGCAUGCAAGGGAAUCCAGUGAAGCACUGAGAAGAGGAGACAGAAACAAAGAAUACCAUUUGAGUUUAAUGGCACAUGAGGAAAGCAUUUGUGCUAAUAAAUUGCAUCAAAAAGCAGCUGAAGAGAUUAUGAGAAAGACUAACAAAUCCAACAAUAUUUGGAAACUGGACUUGCACUGCCUUCAUGCUUCUGAAGCAGUUGAUGCUGUUAAGCAACGUCUUAAAAAGCUUGAAGCAUCACCAAGAACACCACUGAAAUCUUUAUCUCCUCACUGUCAACCAAAUGUCUUAACAAUCAUAACAGGGGUGGGGAAGCAUAGCAGAGGAUCACCAGUGCUACCUGGAGCAGUCAAAGAAUUUCUCACUAGUAAUAGGUACCGCUUUUAUGAUCUUAGGCCUGGAGUGAUAACGGUUUAUCCAAAGUUUGUUGAGACAAUGUGA